GCCACUUCGGAAGUGUCGGGGCACGGUGUAUCAACACUCACACUUAACCUUGCGGUCGCAGGGCCAACAUUUUCAACAAAAAGACUAGGGGAAUUAAGAAAAUCUCUAAAACACGCGGAUAAAACAUGCAUGCGAAAUUUCUUACGCGAUAACGGAGUGGAUACCUUAUUAAACACUUUAGGAUCACUAUGCGAAAGAAAGAGACUGCACUUAUCGGAUACUAUUCUGCAGCUUGAAUGUGUGGGGUGCGUACGCGCAGUCAUGAAUUCCCAAAGCGGACUGGACUAUAUCAUAGAAAAUAAGGAAUUUACACGAAAGUUGGCCACGGCCCUCGACAACAGCAAUGUUGGCGUCAAGAUACAGAUUUUCGAGUUGCUCUCUUCUCUGUGUGUCUACUCACCAGAGGGGUACACGAGAGCGUUGGAUGCACUGGAACAUUACAAGGCAGCUAAACAAACUCGACAUCGCUUCAGUCUUGUUGUGGACGAACUAGACAAGGCGGACAACACUGCUUACAAGGCAACACUCCUUGGACUCAUCAACUGCAUUAUCAAUGGGACCGAGAAACUCGAGGAUCGGGUCAGAGUCCGAAACGAAUUCAUUGGUUUGAAACUUCUGGACAUUUUAAAAGAUGUACGGAAAGACAGCGAGCAGGACCCGGAGCUUGCUGUCCAGCUGGACGUUUUCGACGAGAAGAAGACGAUGGAUGACGAACUCCUUCCAGGCCCGGAAGGAGUUGACCUGAACAAUCAUUUAGACAUAUUCCAUGCAAUAUUCAAACAGGUGGUGGAGACCCCUUUCGAGAUGCCUUUCCUGGCAAUCCUGCAGCACAUCCUACAGAUCGACAUCGCUGACAAGGGCGCCGAGGUCAUAUGGGAGACAAUCGAAAAACUAGUCUAUAGAGCAACUUUGUUAGAUAAAUCCGACGAUCCGGAGAAAAUACUGUCGUCGGGACAAAAAAGACUUGAACGGGCUGCUGGAGGACAAUGUACUUGUACAUGUCAUGAUGACUCUGAGCAUAGACGGCCUCAUAGAGGCCAGCGCUCCAAACCCGGACAGUCAAAUUCUGUGGUGCCUCCAAUGAGUCCACCUCCCGGUGGAGGGGCACCGCCGCCUUUAGCACCACCCCCACCAGCUCCACCAGUGCCGCCACCGUUUCCAGGUGGGCCUGGUGUCCCUCCACCUCCACCACCACCGUUUCCAAGCGGGCCUGGUAUCCCUCCACCACCACCGCCCCCAGGGUCAGCACCUGCUCCUCCACCUUUCCCAGGAGGAGCUGUGCCACCUGCCCAAACAACCGUCUCACUACCUCAGCUGAAAACACCAAAACCUAAACAAAAAAUGAGAUCACUACAAUGGGGUAAAAUCCCUGCCAGAAAAGUGGUAGGAAGAGAAAAUAUAUGGACACUCGUCGGGGAUUCUUCAAGUAACGGUUACAAGGUGGAUUAUAGUACGAUGGAGGAGCUGUUUUGUCAACAUGUGCCGCAGUCUCAGGCUGCAGGGACGCCCAAGAGCAAGGAUACCACAGAUGGAUCGGACAAGAAGAAGAAAGACGAGAUUAUAAACCUACUUGACGGCAAAAGGAGUCUAAACAUCAACAUCUUCCUACGGCAAUUUCGGAUGUCUCAUGAGGAGAUCAUCACACUCAUCAGGCAGGGAGCCAGUGAGGCGAUCGGCGCAGAGAAGCUUCGAGGAUUGCUCAAAAUAUUACCAGCUCAAGACGAGAUCGAGUUAUUGAGAAGUUUCGACGGAGACAAAGAGAAAAUUGGUUCGGCUGAGAAGUUCAUCUUCCAAUUACUCGAAGUGGAAAACUACAAACUUCGAACAGAGAGUAUGCUAAUACGAGAGGAGUUCAAACAAAAUAUGGAGGAUAUCAAACCGUCCAUUGACGCCAUUAUACUUGCUUCAAGGGAUUUGAAGGAAAGCAAAGACCUUCAAGAAAUCUUCUUCCUGGUGCUCGUCGCUGGUAACUUCAUGAACUCGGGUGGUUAUGCAGGGGACGCGGCAGGUUUCAAAAUGACAUCCCUUCUCAAAUUGACGGAGAUCAGAGCCAACAAACCACGAAUGAAUAUGAUGCAUUUUCUUGUUAUGCAAAUCGAACAAAAGAACGCCGGUCUGUUAGAUUUCCCAGCUAAAAUGAGAUUCCUAAAGGAGGCGUCGCAGACGUCUAUCGACUCCAUCCAGAGUGACAUCCGGAAUCUGAGCCAGAAGGUGAAUUCCAUCUCCGACCAGAUUGCCAAGACGGAACAGGAGUUCCAGGCGCAAAUGAUAGAUUUCCUACAUUACGCCAAGCAGGAAAUCGUCGAGGUAGAAUUUGACUUGGAAGAGGUGGAGACGUUACGGAAGGAGUUGGCAGAGUUCUUGUGCGAAGAUGUCACAUCUUUCAAGCUGGAAGAAUGCUUCAAGACAUUCCAGACGUUCUGUGAUAGAUUCCGAAAAGCGAUUGAGGAGAAUCAUCUGCGCAAAAUACAGGAAGAGAAGGCAGAGCAGCGGAGAAAAGCAAAGGAGGCGGCAGAUGCCAAGAAAAAAGCACGUCCCUCGUCCGACCCCGAAGAAAAAGAGAAAGGAAACAUAAUCGAUCGUCUGCUGGGAGACAUCAAGAGCGGCAAUAUCAAAGAUGGUGGCGAGGAGAGCGGCGGCGAAUUCGCACGCGCAGGUUUCGCACGUGGCAGCCUCACGAGACGCGGUGUUUACCCGACCAAAAAGAUGAAUUCGAUCGUUGAAGCAGAAAAGAUACGGCCUCAUAGUGCGGAUCUAUCGGACUUGAGUCAGAAAAUCGAUCGAAUUGAGGAAAAUCCGUCUCCGAAUGACACUCCGAAUUCGAAACGGAGGCUGAGGGGAACUCCGUCAAUAAAUGAUGAAAAGUUGCUGGACUAUUUGAUUGAAAAUGGCGAGGAUGUGAUCGCAAAAUCGAAACCUAAGUGGGAAGAUGUAAUAAUUGAUAAAACAGGUAACAUGAGCAGACGACGACGGGAGAGGUCAGUCAGACGCGGGACAAUGGAGAACAAUUUCGACCGUGAGAGGGAGACUCUUUCGCCUGCCAGUCCUACGAAAAGCCAUAGGCGGUGGAACAGUGAACUAAACAAAAAUGAUAUAAAUUUAGUACUCGAAGAGAAGGGUGAAUUGCCGCGAAAAUCAUCUCAGGAUGAUUCUGUGUUCGAGGAUUCCGUUCGUCCCGGCUCUACGCCUGUAAAAGCUGCUUUAGAACGUCCUGAAACACCAGUAAUGACGCCUGAGGAGGCUAAGCUAGCUGAGAGGCAGCGCAGGCGACUGGAGCGUCAGAAUCGGGUCGUCAGUGAGCCCCCGAAAGGUACCACAAAUGACAUUAUGCCGAAUAACACAAAUCCGCAGAAACCUGACGACCCUCAGACAAGUCCGAUCUUAGACGCUGCGACCCAAAGGCGACAGAAAGCUAGGUCCAGCAGGAGUAAGCGUAGCAGUGUGAAUUUGAAGGAUGUUCAUACUGCUUUAAGUCCGCAGACGCCAGAGGUCGAGGAUGUUCAGGAGGUGAAGCUAGAGGAGCCGAAACAGGCGGAGGCAGCUGAAAAUAAGACCACUGAUUCCAUUCCGGAUCGAGAGGAAGAGGAAAAUUUAUUACGUCGACAACGGUUUUCGCGGCGCAGCCGCAGUAUGCUCAACCCAAGCGAGAUAGCCCAAGUCAUUCAAAGGAUAGACGCACUGCCAGAAACAGAUGAACAUGGACAAAUAAAAGCAUCCUCUGUUGAGCAAAAUAAUAAUGAACUGAACUUAAGUAAAUUUGAAAAGCAGACGUCAUCGCCGUAUAUAUCGCCAAGCAAAAGAUAUCGGAGCUCGCUGGAACGAACUGACAUUGAUCGCGCAAUACAGGAUAUGGAGAGAACCCGUGAGGACAUUGAUAACAUUGGUUUGAAUGAGAAGUCGUCUGAUGAGGACAAAAACAAAACAGAAACUGUUCCGUUGAUACAUAAACGUACCAGACGUAGUUCUGCGUCUGUAUUGAACACAACAUUUGAAUGGCGAGAUGUGUCGGUGUCGGAUAAAACUGAAACCAUUUUGAAUUCGACUGUACAAAUUACGCCUGAGAAAACGCCGGAGGUGGACAAUAGUGUUCAUGCGAGGUCGAGACGACGUUGGCGGUCUUUCCUGAAAGAUCGUCAUUACGAGGACGAUGCACCUGGGUCAUCAUCACCGGAAACUGUAACACCCGUAACACCAGUAGACGAUACUGUUCCCGUGGUAGCGAAGCCAGCAGAAGCGACGUCACCGGAAGGCAAUGCUAAACCACCCAAAAAAUGGCGUCAAAAGUUGGCGGCAACUUAUGCGGAAUAUGGUGAUGAUGAAGCAGUUGGAGUAUUUAAACAGCAGCCUCUGUCUGAAAUUGCGGGUCAGACAAAUGAUGAAGAUGAUGUUCCACCACCUGUUCCACCAAAGAAAUGGCGCCAUACCAUGAGUGGCCACGAAUUGUCACGAGCUUCAAUACCUGGCUCUGAUGAUGUGCUGUACCCGAAGUCCACUCUGAGUGAGGAAGAGGAGUUGAACCAGUCCACACGUGAGCUCACAAGUUCCGAAGAGGUGCACAUCAACCAUUCUCAGAGCGAAAAUCACCUGAAGGUCAUGUCACCGGUUUCACCAAUGUCACCCAUGUCACCGACAAGGGCAUUCAAUGAGCCGGGGCAGUCUUUAACUGAAAAAGCGCUGUUGGAACAUUCAAGUCGAAAGUGGAAGAAUGAAGAAGAGAUUCAGCAAGAGGAAGACAGCACUACUGCACUUUGUGAGUUCGCUGAGGCUGAACCCUCUUGCCUACAGGCUGGGGUGCCAAGGAAAAAUGCAAGUCCGACACAAGAGAGUAAGCCUGUUACGCGUCGAUGGGGUCGCUACCUCGGCGAAGGUGAAUCCAAUAAUGCGGAAGACGACACAGAAGGAAGUGGGUCGGGAGAGAACGAUGUGAGUGAAAAGAAAGGACUUGCUGCCUUACGGAGUGUCAGGCAGAGCUUGUACGACAACAUCACGAGCCCCACUGAAGAGAAACCGAUUACAAAAAGGUGGAGGAGCAACAUCGAGGCCGGGGAAGUCAACAACGCAAUCAAGAAUUUCGAGAAUAAAUUCGUCGCGAAAGAUAAGCGCCCAGGUGAUGUGAAGAACAUCCAGAGUGGCUUGGCGAAUCUGCGAAGGGCAAAGUUUGAACAAGCCCAACAGGGUACUCUUGAUGAUGAAAAGGAAAAGGAAAUAGAGAUGGAAGACAGGCGACCUUCAGUGGGGAGCUUAGCGGCCAAGAAGCAGCUGUUUGAGCAGAACCAGCCCCCUGUGAAAAUGCGGCGAAACUUCUUUAGCGUUGAUGACGAUUCUCCGAGUUCGCCACGGUCUUUCAUGUCUGAGGAUGGGAUUCGUCGUGAUACGGAGGAGAAAGAGAGGAGGGGGAAGCUGUCCGAAACUAGUGGCAUCAUCAAUGAGGCAUUUGGCAACGAUACAGAGUCUGAAUGCGAUACUGGUUUCGAGACGGAGACUCAAUCUGAUACAGUAUCACAACGGACCUCCAUGAGUAGCACGUUGGACUCCGAGUUACCAGGCACGCCAACCUUUGCCCGGAAGAAGAUGAUGACUCCACAAUCCGAGACAAAUGAAGAGUUGGAAGAGGUCAAAUCGAAGUUAGCGAAGAGUGAUGAGUUAAUCCACAGGACAAUCGAGAAUGACUGCAGGCACUCUGAUGUUUUCCCGAACAGUUUCGACGUCCCAGUCUCCCCGAUGAACAAGUUGGGGAGCCAGAGCACACAUGCUGUGUGUUCGUCCGAUACAAGCGACUACGACAAUCUCUACUCACCAGAACAAGAUGAUAAACUAUCACCGCCAGUUGCCUCAAUCACUGUUAAUUCCUGCCAAGAUGUCUCUAGAGCUGGUGUCAAGGACAAGUUAACGCCACAUAUGACUAAGAGCACGUCCGACUCCUCGGCUAGUUUGGCGUCAACUCUCAGCGUCGAUUCAAUCAAUAGUGUCAAACGGUUCCCUCAGAAGCUACCGCCAACUCCUAGCCCUACAGCUCAAAUGCAAACUCGAACCGGAUCGGCUACAAGCGUGGGGUCUGCUUCAAGCAAAGAAUCAACGAGCACUGUCAAAACAAAUGUAGUCAAGCGUUCAUCGACCUUCUCUUCAUCGUCACGUGUCCGGCCAACAUCAGUUACAAAGAUGGGCGUCAGUGCGCUGAAGAAUGCUUCCCCAAGAGCGAAGACACCUCCAGCAAAGGCUGCAACGCCACCAGUGAAGGCUGUAACGCCUUCUACGGGGAAGACUUCCAAACCUGUAUCGAGAACAUCAUCCCGGUUGUUCAGUCCAACUGCUUCAAGUAAAGCCAGAGAUGAUACUUCACCGGCAGCGAAGCCAGCGUCAAGAGGGACGGGAACUAGUUCGACACCCCGAACUAGACCAGCGUCCUUCAACAAAACGGCCCGGCCAACCUCACCUGCGAGGUCGGACGUAUCCGUGUCGUCAAGCACAAGUGCAGGUAGCCGCUCCCGGGUCCGAUCUGGUGCGAGGACUCCCGUACCAAUCACAACUCCGAGUGGUCGGGCACAGGCAAGCUCCAUUGCUGCGAAGACACCUGUAAGCAAACCACGCGUAUCACCGGGUAACAAAAUCUCGCCUUCCCCUGCCGCAACUUCCAAAAGUAAUAACAAGACUGGUUCAACAUCUGCCGUUUCUACGAGAAAAGAUACUCCGACUGUAGAGAGUCCGUUCAAGAGGAACAUCACCUCGCGGAGUACAUUCCAAGCCGAUACUGCCGCAAGAUCAUCACCCACUCCAUUCAAGCGCGGGGCCAUCACAAGAACGUCCAUGCGAGAAAGUGGGAUGACCGGGGUAACGAGAAAGGCUCAGGUACCAAAGUCACUUCCACUGACGUCGAAGGCGACCUCAGGUAGAAGUAGUGAGGCCCCGGAUAAGAAGACUGUGCUGAGACGAUUUGGUUUGAUCGGUAGACCAAAGGGCGAGACUGUUGAGAAAGGAGCAGCUCAAGGUCGGGCAAAAACUAAGGGAAAUGCAACUACCGAUGUGACUUGGGUAUAGACUGUACUUCAAAUAGUGUUGAAGAAUAUUGCUGACUAAAACUGUACAAAACUGUGCAUCAUUCUGUUCGAAUGUACAUAUGAUACGUGGACACUUGGGGUGGUAUCGCAAAAAAUACGAUGAGCCAUCGUGUUAUAUUUCGGGUUUGGCACAAGAUGUAUGAAUAGCUUCCAAGCAUUAUGUGCCUUUUAUGUAUCUCAGGACUUUCAGCUGCUUUAAAUGGACUCUGGCUUUUUAUACAAUUAGUGUCCCAAUUAUCACACGUAGUUUAUGUACAUAUUGAACUUUUGAAAAUUUACGAGGAACAUAAGCCCUUUUUUGAAAUCCUGGAACGCCAAGAACACUAACUCUUUGUGUAUAUAUCCUGUAAGACAUGACACGGUUGACCUUUAAGGACGGGCGUCUUCCGCAGAAAGAUUCUCCAGCAAUAAACAAAUAAUCAUAAAUUUCAUGGGUAUCUCUUGUGAAAUGCACAAUUAUACCUUUUGGUGACCUUUGUUGUCCGUCCUAAGAGGGUUAACCCGACUGUAGCUAAUUGAAAUUCUUAGUAGAAACGUGACGCAUUACUAACAUUAUUUAUAUAGAAUACACAUCAAGCAACAGCUAACAUAUCGUGUACAUACAGACUACUAACCGCGGGAUACUAUAAACCCAUGAUAUGUUAGCAUGUACAUGAAGCUGCCACAUCAUGUACAUAGACUAUGAAAUUUGUAAAGUUGUAUCGCAAUAGGAAUAAAGACCUAUUCGGAAAUUCAACACGUACAUGUACAUGCACAUGAACAUGUUAGCUUAUUUUAAUCGCAUGAAUAUUUGGGAGAUCAGUUCUUCAACUCAUCCUUUAUGCUAUCUCAUCUUGGAAGAAUAAAAAUGCUGUAAAUGUUGUUUUACAUAAUCAUGUUUUAAUCAUGUU